AUGAGGGAGGAUGUCGUCGCUCGGGAGAGAUGUCUCGCGGAUCACAAAGCAUCUUUGGAUACCAGGGAGCAAGAGAUCUCCCUUCGGGAGGAGAAUCUUGAAGCCACCCUCCGCGCCAAGGACGAGAGUUUGGAGAUCUUGGUGCAGCAACACACCAAAGAACUGAAGGAUGAGCAUGGGGUUGCUCUGGACACCCUCUCUACUGAUCAUGCUACCCAACUAAAUAAGCUUGUUGACGAUCUGGAUGCCGCAUCCUCUGCCAAAGCUGAGCUCGAGCGGCUGGUGGCCAAAAUGAAUGAAGACCUUGCCGGGAGUGCCAAGGAGGUGGAGGUACUCAGAGAAGAGGCACGGCAAGCAGAGCUCCACCUGGCUGUUGUACAAUCACAGCUCUCCUCCAAGACUCAAAGCCUUGAAGCCGCCAACAGCAACAUUUCUGAUAUGAAGGCAAGGAUUGGCUCGCUAGAGCAGUCGGCGGAGUCUCUUGAAUCCCGGCAGCAGCUACUAUCUAAGGAGUUGGAAAACGCCAAGCGUCUCCGUCAAGAUGCAGAGGACAAGCUGAAGAACCGGGUCGCACAUGAGCGACCUCUGGAUCAAGAGCCUGAUUGA